CGAGGAAGCUGUUGAAAUGACUGAUUCUUCUAGUCAACCAGCUUCCAAGAUGCAUGUUCUGAUGCCGCUUGUUGAACAAGGUUUGAUCAAUUCAGAUUUAGAAUUACAGACUUUCCAAGUACAAGAAUUAAUACGUGCAAUUACUAAACAACAGAUAGACAAUGUACACAGCAAUGAUUUGGUAAAGCUCAAAUAUACAAACAUUAUUGGGAAAAGUUUGCUGAAGGCUCAAAAUAUUUAUGAUAGAGGUCUCAUGCAUGAAGCACUUGGAAUAAUGAGCAAUAACUGGGAAAAUAUUUCAUUUCUGAUGAAGAAAGGGAUUGAAGCACCCUCAGAUGGUAGGACAUAUGGAGUUUAUUAUGAGAUAACAUUAAAAGCCUCAGAUAUACUGAUGCUAUGUCACCCUAGAGAUUCAAGGCAGUUUUUCCAAGCAUGUCUACAAAACUCCAUGUUGUUUGGCAAUGAAGAAGAACAAGCUUUUAUGAAUAUAGCAUAUGGUGUAUCCUUGACAGAUUUACCAGGUUAUGGAGGAUACAAUGAAGCCAUGGUGCACUACAAGAAGGCUUUGGAUGUAUUGAAAUCAAGAAACAGCCAGUACCGACAAGCGCUGCUGUACAAUAGCAUGGCUCUCAAUGCCUAUAUGCAAAGCAGUUAUGUGGAAGCCUUGAAUUUUGCAGAAAAGGGUUACAAUAUGACCAUUACUGAUGCGAGCCCACAAAUGGUGAAGGAUGCGAAGAUCAAAUGUGCCUCUACCCUGGCCUACAGUCUCUCAUUCAUUGGUUAUUAUGAUAAAUGUGAGAAAAUAUUGAAAGAAAACUUAAAGGAAAUAUCAGUCAUGAAUACUCUUGUUUUAUCUAAAAUGUUGAAUACAAUGGGUGUUAAUUACGAAAGGAAUGGUUCACAAUGUGACAAAGCAUUUGAAUUCUAUAAUGCUGCACUUAGUGAAAGAUUGAAAAUUGUUACCGUAAAUCCCAAAAUAUCUGUGAUAUCAUACUGUAAUGUAGCAAAGUUAUUAUCCCGCGAGUAUGGCAGACACAGUAAAGCACUACAACUCCUGUUCAGUGCCAAGGAUAUCCAAAAGAAGCAUAGAUGGCUACACAUGGACACCUCCUUGAUAUUGCGUUACAUUAGUGAUGUGUAUUUGAGAAUGCAACAAAUCUCCAACAGUCUGAUAUUUUUUCAUGAGGCCUUGGCUAUCUACAACCAGAUAAACCCAAAUUACCUUGGAAAGAUAAAGGUCAUUCAUGCAAUUGCUCACUGCUAUCUAUUGAAAGAGGAAUUCGGUAAUGCCAAGAGUACUUUUAAGGGCAUGCUGGAAAGUAAAAGCGACCAUUUGUUGAGCGGCGUAUCAGAAGUUGAAGUUUUCUCAAUGGCUUUAGAACACCUGGUUUAUCUCAAUUUGGAAAACCCUGAGGUAUGGUUAAUUAUCACAUAUGUUGUAAUAGUUGAUUGAAUGCGGGAUUGAUUGAUGGAUUGAUUGAUUGAUGGAUUGAUUGAUUGAUGGAUUGAUUGAUUGAUGGAUUGAUUGAUGGAUUAAUCGAUGGACUGAUGAUGGUUUGAUUGAUGGAUGGAUUGGUGAUUGAUUGAUUGAUUGAUUGAUUGAUGGAUUUAUGGAUUGAUUGAUGGAUUAAUCGAUGGACUGAUGAUGGUUUGAUUGGUGGAU